AUGCUCGGAUUUCGCUCAACAUUGAAAGAGGAUAUUCAAGCGACACCAGCAGAGCUAGUCUACGAAAAAAGCCUACGACUACCAGCCGAGUUUUUCACUGAACCGGAACCUCAUCUAAACGAAGCAGAGUUUAUCAAGGAGUUCAGACGUGUAAUGAACAAGAUCCGCCCGAUACAGACAGCGCAUCACGUGACAUCAAAGCCAUUCGUACAAAAAGAGCUUUGUCUCUGUAACCAAGUAUUUGUAAGAAACGACGCUGUCGGGCCACCCUUGCAACAACCAUACGACGGACCUUUCGCAGUAAUAGAACGCCAUCCGAAAUAUUACACGCUGGAUAUCCGGAACAAGCCCAAGAAAAUAUCGAUAGACUGGUUGAAAGCAGCAUUUACCGACGCAAAUAGCGCAGACGACGCGAACGACACUCACGACGAAAACAGCGAACUUCUCCAAGCC